AAUACAAGGGGGUUCGCAGACAGAUGGAACUUCUCGAGAAGCGAUUAGGGGAGCUUGAGCUCCCCACAACUGUGGAAUAUACGUGGGAGGAUGUUGCAAAAUAUGUGCAGCAGGGCCAAAAACUGAUCGUGAUUGGGGACAACGUUAUUGAUCUGGAGAAGUCCGUUCCAACGGGAUCCGGCUACACGCACUCCAAUGAAAAAAUUGUUUGGUAUGAAGCACAUCCGGGAGGGAAGAAGAUGUUGGAUAUUUAUGUGGGCAAAGACGCUACGGAGGCAUUCCAAGGAGGAAUAUACAAGCAUUCUUUGGGUGCCGAGAGCCUGAUUCCUCACCUGCGUGUCGCCAAAUUGAAGCGUAAGUGA